UGAGUCAGCCGCACCACACUUCGAGCUCGCAUUCCCAAAACGGAUUAGGGCCGAAAUUUUGAAAUGAUUUCGAUUUUUUGCGGGCUUCGAAAGAUUUACUCCAUCACGAACGAAUUAAUUCCCCCUCACGCCCACCCCUUCUUCCCCCAACCACUCAGACUCACCGCGUGAGACCUACAGUCAAAAUGGGCAAGGACAAGACCGAGAAGAAGGACAAGCGCGAGAAGAAGGAGAAGCGCUCGGAGAAGGAUGGAGUCCGCAAGAGCAGCAAGGACAAGAAGGAGAAGAAGGACAAGACUGUGCUCGCCGAUGCUGUAGAGCAGGAGCUUACCAGCAAGGUCUUGGAUGGCAUUGACCAGGCUGUCGCCUCGGAGACUCCUGCCAAUGGAGAUGUUGAGAUGGAAGUCGACGCCGCCCGCCCCGUUGGCGCAGUUGUGCCAUUCGCCAAUCCUUUGGUCGAGGACAAGAACGCAAAGAAGGUCUUGAAGAGCGUCAAGAAAGCUGCCGUCAACAAGUGCCUUAAGCGUGGUGUUAAGGAAGUCGUCAAGGCUCUCCGGAAAUCGCCUGUCCCUGCCCCCAACGCCGCCCCCGGUCUCCCCAAUGGUGUUGUUAUCCUCGCUGCUGAUAUCUCGCCCAUGGAUGUCAUCUCCCACAUCCCCAUUCUGUGCGAAGACCACGGCAUCCCCUACGUUUUUGUCACAUCCAGAGCUGAGCUCGGUAACUCCGCUGCAACCAAGCGCCCUACAAGUGUGACCAUGGUUGUUCCCAAGUCGGCCGCAAAGGGCAAGAAGAAGGACGCUGAUGACGACGAUGAGGACUUCAGCAAGGUGUUCGAAGAGUUGGCCAAACUUGCUGAGAAGGAGGCCAAGAAGGUGAAUGUUUAAAUUAUAUAUGGCUGGUUGCUCUUUCUUUUUCCGUUAUUUCCUAGUCUCGAGGCCCUUUUUUUCUUUUUUUACCUCUGCCUUGUCAAUUGCUAUGGCUGUACAGUUUCACGUUAUUGUUUGACAAGACAGUGCAUGUCUUUGGGGUCUGGCCUUUGGGACGUAUUCAUUCAUGGGUUGAUCUUUUUCGAUAUGUCUGUUGCAAAUCUGGCGUUCUCCUAUCGGUGUAUGAAAAAAGGCAGGAAGAAUGAAACUUAUCAAUAAAAAUACAACAACAUAUGUCUCCAUUAUGACCGCAUCUAUCGACAUUAGCUUUAUUUCAAAUAUUUAUUUCAUUCGGUUAUGCCGGCAUGGACCGCAUUGGCCCUAUCUUUUGGGCUCAUCGAUGCUGAG